AUGACAGGACACUCUUUCCUCCAGGGCUCUGGAGAGGGGGAAUAUCUGCAGGUCCUGGGAUCCCGAGUCGGCCUCUGGCUGCUGCUGCCGCUUCAGUGGGAGAAGAACGCCGAGUUCGGCAAAGCUCGAGUCCAACGAGUCACGGUGAGGAACAUGGUGCAUGGAGAUGUAACCAUGAGAGAGAGAGUGAGGGAAGUCCGCUAUCUGACUGAUGUUGAUCAGCACCCGAAUCAGAAGCUCGCCGAGCUCGAGGCUGACAAGCAGGAGCUCCGGGAGAAGAUCUGAUCCCUCCUGAACCGCCGAGCUUCUCCCGUCCCACCUGCCAAACCCGUCAUCAAGCCUGCUGUGGACAUCGGCCACAUGAGCCGGCUGACCCGGCUGACCCGGGAGCUGAACGUCUCAAACAAGCACCUUUGCUCCAUAGUUGACCUGGCACUCGCUGACAUUAAGAACCACCUGGGGCAGUUCGAUUGUCCUCUGGGGAAGUUGGCUCAAGUGGAACAGGAGGCAACCAGUGAGGUGGAGAAGCUACGAUCCCUCGACAGGAAGGAGGCGGUGGAGAGGAAGAGCCUGUACAACGAGCUGCUCGAGCUGCAGGGGAACACCCGGGUGUUCUGCCGCUGCAGGAAAAGCUCGGCCUCCAGCUGCUUGGAUGACCAGGAGGUGGUCGUCAUCCAGAAAGGAAGUAGAAAGAAGUUCCAGUUUGACAAAGUCUACUCUCCCAGCAGCACACAGGUAAAGGCUUAG